AGGUCCAAUAAAUCCUCUAUCUAUCCGACCCUCUUCACAACCACCUCUCAUUGUUCCCUCCGCUAAAAACCCUUAAACCCAACAAACCCAGCGUACCCAGCAAACCCUGCAUGCCAAAGCAUACCGGUCUCUCUCUCCUCUCUCACUCUCACUCUCACUCUCUCUCUCUCUAAAACUCAAACCACCAAAAAUGGCAGCCUCCCUCACAGUCUCAAGGCUCCUGACCGCCCCCAAGUCCCUCUCUUUCUCCACCACCACCGCCGCCGUACCACCCAAAACGUCUCUCUUCUCACCCAAAUCCUUCUCCUCGAAAAGCUCCUACACCCCUCUCCCCCUCAAACACUCCCCACACCCAAAACCCCUCCUCCGCUUCUCCACCACCGCUGCCAAACCUAUAUCCGCCACCAUCGCAGUCGGCGACAAGCUCCCCGAAGCCACCCUCGCGUACCUCGACGCCGCCGGCGACGUCCAAACCGUGACUGUCUCCGAGCUCACCAAAUCCAAGAAGGCCGUCCUCUUUGCCGUCCCCGGCGCCUUCACCCCGACCUGCUCCCAGAAGCACGUCCCGGGAUUCGUGGAGAAGUCGGGGGAGCUCAAGGCGAAGGGCGUCGAGACCAUCGCCUGCAUUGCGGUCAACGACGUCUUCGUGAUCAAGGCGUGGAAGGAGAAUCUCAACAUCGGCGACGAGGUGCUGCUGCUGUCCGAUGGGAACGGCGAUUUCACGAGGGCGAUUGGGGCGGAGCUCGAUUUGAGCGAUAAGCCGGUGGGGCUGGGCGUCAGGUCCAGAAGGUACUCGCUUUUGGCGGAGGAUGGCGUUGUUAAGGUCUUGAAUUUGGAGGAAGGCGGUGCCUUUACUUCCAGUGGAGCUGAGGACAUUCUCAAAGUGCUCUGAAUUUGCCUCUCGCGGCGGUGCUGACGGUGGUGGUUUGCUUCGUAAGGUUAUGGUUUUUUGUUUUUAAUUUAUGAGUAGAAUACUUUGUUGCGAGCUUGUAGCUCAUAUGGUUAAGAGUAGCUUUGCAACCGAGGUACUGAGUUCGAUUUUCCACCCCUCUAAUCUAAUAAAAUCAGUUGGGUUUUUUUUCUUUCUGA